GGCUCUUCUUGUGCGGGGGGGGGCGUGGCUCCCGAGGCUGAGAAGAUAGACCGGGACAGCUGAUGGACAAAUGCCUCUGUCGGCGUAGGGAAGCGCGGAGCUCGGAGACAUGGAGUCGGACGAGAUGUUUCAUCCCAGCCUGGCUGCGGCCCUAAUGAAGUUGGAUCCCGAAGACGGCGGCAAGAUGCUGGAGUACUUCCAAACGCACGCGCUGCUGGCCCGGGAGAAAGCUCUCCUGCAGGCGUCCGUGCGCGAGCAGAAGAAGCUGCUGGUGGAAAACGGCAAACUGAAGAAGGACAUCGAGGAGCUGCGCCACCAGCUGGGCGACAAGCAGAGGAGACGUGCGGCUAAGAGCGUCCUCUCGCCCGGCGAGGCCGCUGAUCCGGCCGCGUCGCCGUCCCGCCGCGUCGACCUCCAGAUGACCGGUCGGCAAAGAGGAGAGAAAAAAGCCGCUCCCGAAGCGCUCCCGCCGCCGCCGGCCCCCGCAGUGGACGUCUCCCGCCUGGACCUGAGAGUCGGACGUAUCGUCGGCGUUCGCCGCCACCCGCGUGCGGCAACCUUGACCGUUCACGACGUCGACGUGGGAGAGAAAGCCCCGCGCCCGGUUGUCAGCAAGCGCCGCCCGGGCGACCAACCACCGCUCGUCGGCUCGCUGGCCGUCCUGCUGUGCAACGUCAAGGCCUGCAAAGUGAGGGGCGCGGCUUCGCGGGCCCGCCUCCUGCGGUGCUUCCGGUCCGACGGCGCCGCGGAGCUGCUGGCCCCGCCGGCGGGUUCCAACCCCGGAGACAGAGUCACUUUCCUCAACUACCCGGGUGAACCUGACCGGGAGCUGAAGGCCAAGCAGCGGGUGUGGGAUCACGUUCAGCCCGGCCUCCUGGUGGACGCCGAGGGCGUGGCCAACUACAAAGGUUGCGGCUUCCGGGUGGAGGGCAAAGGCCCGUGCAGGGCGCCGUCCCUCACCGACGGCACCAUCCGAUGCACGUAGGCGAGGCGCACGCGCCGUUUUGCGGACGCGACGGGGUCGCGCGGCGGCGGCGCUGUUGUUGGGAGGCUUGGAAAACAUGCGGCGACAAACGCGUUCGAAAAA